GAUAACUACAAUCCCAGAAGGCAAAGUUCUUAAAAUUAAAAACUAAGAGAGAAAAAGAAGAGAGAUGGGUUUAGUUACAGAUGAAGUGAGAGCUAGGGCAGAGAAAUACACAGGAGAUGAGUUAUGCCGCCAGAAGACGAAGGAGGUCCUCAAGGAAAUUGAUAUGCCUAAUGGGUUAUUGCCGUUGAAGGACAUAGAAGAGGUUGGUUAUGACAGAGAAACAGGUGUUGUGUGGCUGAAGCAGAAGAAGAGCAUCACACACAAGUUUGAAGCCAUUGGGAAACUUGUCUCUUAUGGCACUGAGGUCACCGCCGUGGUGGAAGUCGGAAAGAUCAAGAAGCUGACCGGUGUUAAGGCCAAGGAGCUUCUUAUUUGGGUCACUCUCAAUGAGCUUGCCUUGGAGCAGCCAACAAGUUCUGGGAAGAUCAAUUUCAGGACACUGACAGGUUUGUCCAGGACAUUCCCGAUUUCGGGUUUUGUGGUUGCUGAGAUUGAGUAGCCGGCAAUGGAAAAGAACUGAGGCUAAAGAAGUUGGUGCAAUCAAAAGUGCUUAUUUACUUAAAUCUCGCUCUCUUUUUAAUUAUCUUAAUCAUGUAAUACAUUCUGCUUCUCCUGCUUAAAUUUCUUAAUUAAUAAGAUUUUAAAGAUUCCAUGUUC